AACCAAACCACGACGAAUCAGUAGCGAACGACUAACAAUAAAAACAACGAAAACAAAUAAAAAAUAAAUUGGUGGUUAGUGAUGGCAAAAAAGAACUGACGUGUUCGUGUUUACGCCUGGUCUUAAGAGUUUUGUUCGCAUCGGUAGUAAUUAUUUUCAUAAGUAAUUGGCUAAGAAAUAAAUAAAAAUGCCUGAAUUAACUAAUGUUGUUGUAAAAUUCUACAAUGAUUACAUUACCAACACGCCAAAAAAACUGAAGUUAGUGGAUUCCUAUUUGCUCUACAUACUAAUUACCGGCAUUGUUGAAUUUGUGUACUGCUGUUUAGUUGGAACCUUUCCAUUCAACUCGUUCUUGUCUGGAUUUAUCAGCACAGUAAGCUGCUUCAUACUGGGUGUAUGUUUACGUCUUCAAGCUAAUCCACAAAAUAAAGCAAUCUUCCUUGGCAUUUCACCUGAACGUGGAUUUGCGGAUUUCAUAUUUGCACACAUCAUAUUACAUUUGACUGUAAUAAACUUCAUCGGUUAAAAAUGAUUUAAUGUAUUAAGUAAAAAAUAAAUCACAAAUUAUAUAUUGUGUACUUCU